GGCUGGCAGUGAGGAGGCGGGGCGCGGCAGGCAGAGCCACAAGACUCUGCGCGGCGUCGCGGUGGGCGCGCUUGACUGACAGGCGGCGCGGUUGCGACGGCAGGUGCAGACCUCCUCAGCAGCCAGUCACUGUCAACAGAGAAUGUGCAUGCUGGCCUCCUCCUGCAUGUGCCUUUGACUCAGAUACGCUGCUGUUGACACUUUGGCGACCUCUUCCAUCCUGCUUCCUGGGGAAGCCUGGGUCAGAAUGGGAGACGCCAGAGACAUCUGCCCUCACCUGGACUCCAUAGGGGAGGUGACCAAAGAGGACUUGCUGUUUAAGUCUAAGGGAACCUGCCAGUCAUGUGGUGUUGCUGGACCUAACCUAUGGGCCUGCCUCCAGGUCACCUGCCCCUACGUUGGCUGUGGAGAGUCGUUUGCUGACCACAGCACCAUUCACGCACAGGUGAAAAAGCACAACCUGACUGUGAACCUGACCACGUUCCGGGUGUGGUGCUACGCCUGUGAGCGCGAAGUCUUCCUGGAGCAGCGCCUGGCAGUCCACCUGCCCAGCUCCUCAGCCAAGCUCUCCGAGCAGGACUCCCCACCCCCCUCUCACCCUCUGAAGGCCGUCCCCAUUGCUGUGGCUGAUGAAGGAGAGUCUGAGUCUGAGGACGAUGACCUGAAACCUCGAGGCCUUACAGGCAUGAAGAACCUGGGGAACUCCUGUUACAUGAACGCUGCCCUGCAGGCCUUGUCAAAUUGCCCCCCACUCACCCAGUUCUUCCUGGAGUGUGGUGGCCUGGUGCGCACGGACAAGAAGCCAGCCUUGUGCAGAAGUUACCAGAAGUUGAUCUCUGAGGUCUGGCACAAGAGACGGCCAAGCUAUGUGGUCCCCACCAGCCUGUCCCAUGGGAUCAAGUUGGUCAACCCGAUGUUCCGAGGCUAUGCCCAGCAGGUAAGCUGUCUAGCUGCUUGGGACACUGGCCCAGCCAGAACAGACCUCACAGAAGGCAGAAAGACCGGGCAUCUCCUGUCAGGGCCUUUUACUACCGGAGUAGCUUCAGGGGUUCGUCAAGCCCAUGCUGCUAUGAGGCGACUGCUGAGAGGCCAAAUGUCUUAUUGGAAUCGCACUUCUCAGUCCCACUUGAGCCGGAAGGGUCCGCAAUAUGGAGAGGAACGUGACCAGGAGACCGUGGGCGUACUGAAUCUCCAGGUUGCCUUCUUGCCCCAGUGGUCCACGGCACAAUGGCGGCAACCCAACGUGUGCGGGAAGCAGAGCUGGGCAUGGAAAGUGGGCACUAUGCUCGUGGACCGCACCCCUGGCCCCUAUCUAUUCUUCUCACUUGCUGUUUCCCCAGCAGCCCAUGACAACGAAGCCCAACAUCUUUCGCAGCUCCUCUUCGCCCGCUGCAGCCCCGUCCUACACACCAUGAGGGCCACACGAAGCUGUCUCAGCCAGCCCCCGCUCGUGCAAACCAGUGAAGGAUGGGGCCAGUGCGUGUACGUCCGAAGGAGCAACAGGAGACCACGGACUGUCUUCACCUGUCUGGCCCUCGCAGAGCAGAGCUAUUCUCUCGUUUCCGAGAAUGUACCAGCCACAGUCCGGGAGCCUGUGGGGGACUGGCCUACUCUCCUGCCCAGGGGCUGGCUGGCCUUCAAUCGUGGAGCUACAUCUCGACGGUAUCGAUGGGGUAUCUGUACCCCCAGCUGGUUUUGGGGGCCUGUCGUCACAUUGGAGGACUGCCUGGCUGCUUUCUUUGCUGCUGAUGAGCUGAAGGGUGACAACAUGUACAGCUGUGAGCGGUGUAAGAAGCUUCGGAAUGGUGUGAAGUACUGUAAAGUCCUGUGUCUGCCUGAGAUUCUGUGUGUCCACCUGAAGCGCUUCCGGCAUGAGGUAAUGUACUCCUUCAAAGUCAGCAGCCAUGUCUCCUUCCCCCUCGAGGGACUCGACCUACGCCCUUUUCUGGCCAAGGAAUGCACGUCUCAGGUCACCACAUAUGACCUCCUCUCUGUCAUUUGUCACCAUGGCACAGCAGGCAGCGGGCACUACAUUGCCUAUUGUCAGAAUGUGAUCAAUGGGCAGUGGUAUGAAUUCGAUGAUCAGUAUGUCACCGAGGUCCAUGAGACGGUGGUGCAGAAUGUGGAGGCCUACGUGCUCUUCUACAGGAAGAGCAGCGAGGAGGCCAUGCGCGAGCGGCAGCAGGUGGUGUCCCUGGCUGCCAUGCGGGAGCCCAGCCUGCUGCGGUUCUAUGUGUCUCGAGAAUGGCUGAACAAGUUCAACACCUUUGCGGAGCCAGGGCCCAUCACCAACCACACCUUCCUGUGUUCGCACGGAGGAAUCCCACCCAACAAAUACCACUACAUCGAUGACCUGGUGGUCAUCCUGCCACAGAGCGUCUGGGAGCACCUGUAUGUCAGGUUUGGGGGCGGCCCUGCUGUGAAUCAUCUGUUCGUGUGCUCCAUCUGCCAGGUGGAGAUUGAGGCCCUGGCCAAGCGCAGGAGGGUGGAGAUUGACACUUUCAUCAAGCUGAACAAGGCGUUCCAAGCUGAGGAGUCUCCCGGAGUCAUCUACUGCAUCAGCAUGCACUGGUUCCGAGAGUGGGAGGCUUUCGUCAAGGGGAAGGACAGCGAGCCUCCUGGGCCCAUCGACAACAGCAGGAUUGCUCAGGUCAAAGGCAAUGGCCAUAUCCAGCUAAAGCAGGGAGCCGAUUAUGGGCAGAUUUCCGAGGAGACCUGGACCUAUCUGAACAGCCUGUAUGGGGGUGGCCCUGAGAUCGCCAUCCGGCAGAGUGUAGCCCAGCUCCCAGACCCAGAGAGCUUGCACGGAGAGCAAAAGAUCGAGGCUGAGACCCGGGCUGUGUGACUGGGGCCAGGCUGAGUGGCUGUGGCUGGUCCUACUCCCUCUCCAGACAGCCCUGCAUCCCUCUGAAGGCUGCGUCCUGCUGAGUGCCGUUGUCCCUGAAGGCUGGUACUUGCCAUUCCCCGAGGGUGUGUCUGUGCCCUGCAGCUGUGCUGCUGUGUACUGGCGCAGAGGCCAAGUGCGGCUGGUCCGUCUGCCAGGAGAGAUGCUGUGCUGGGAAAUAUAUUCUCUCAGACCUGGAGGACUCUGACGUCAUCACCAUGUCCCCAAACCUGCCCUCUUGCUAGCUCGGGCCCAGCUUUUGUCCCAGGAGCCCCAUGCUGCCCCUCAGCCCAUGCUGGCCCCUGGGAUGGGGUGCUGGGAGUGCCUGCCACUUCUGGGGUGCUUUCUGCUGUGUACUGGGUCCAACACCUUAGCGACUCACAGAGGUAGAUUUCCAUGCCCGGGGUUGGGGGGGGGGGCCAGAAUGGUUGUGAGGGGCUCUGCAUGUUGGCCAGCAGCCCCUCACAUCAUGUUGGUUACCGGAGUCCCCUGGAGGUGCAGGCCGCCCCAUGUGUGUUAUUGACUAUAGAAACAGGACUCGUGGUUGGAAUGGAACGUGGGCAGUUGAGACUUGGAGAGGACCUACCACCUUGUCUGCUGAGCCGCUGGCUGAUUGGGUGUCAUCUGCCCUGUGGGGUGGCUCCUGAGCCCCUGUGGGGUGGGGUGAAACAGAUACCUCAUGCGCUAGUGCACUGUUGGUUGCUCGCUCAGCUUCCUGUGUAGCCUAGAGUGACCCUGAUCCCCAACACCCCACACCCCCACACCUCCCCCAGCCUUGGUGUCUAGGGCCACCUCUGGGGAGGUGAUCUGUGGCCACUGCAGAGGUACUGGGACCCCCUGAGCCUAGAGAGGCUGUCCUGUUUCUGGGGUCCUUGAGAAGUCUGAACAGAACAUUUAGGGCAAGAUUUUCAAAGUCUGGGGUGGUGAGGGGAUCCGGGACCAAGAGGUCUCCAGAGGGCAGUGACCUCCAGGCUCUGCAGAAGUGGGCGCCAGCAGCCCAGGUCUGGGCAUUUGCUGUCCCCUAGACCUACUUCUUCCCACUGAGGUGGCAUGCAGCCCCUGGCCAGCUGCUACUGGGACUUGCCCUGCUGGCUGCCAUCUCUUGACGCCUCUGCUGAGAGCCCUUGGCUCCUUGCACUACCGUGGUGCAGUCUGGUUUGUGUUGAGAAUGUCACAAUAAACAUGCAUUCCUCCCCUGC